AUGGUGAAAUCCUACUUGAAGUUUGAGCACUCAAAAACCUUUGGGCUUGUUGUAUCUGCUUCUGCAAAUGUAGUCUGGUGCCCGGAUGAAGAUGCUAACGCCGCCUCCCGUAUCUCGGGUGGAGGGAGAGCGAUAGUUGGCGCUGAUGAGGAAGUAUUAUGUUGGCACUUGAAGAAAGGAGAGUUGAUUAGCCGUUGGAAGGAUCCAGCAUGUAGCGCUACGGUCACUGCCAUCACUCGUAGCAAAACUGAUCCAGAUCUUUUCGCCGUGGGGUACACCGAUGGCAGUGUCAGACUGUGGGACUCCCGAACAGCAAGUAUUGUCAUAAACUUCAACGGACAUAAAUCAGCCAUAUCGACGUUACAAUUUGAUGUUGACGGCGUGAGACUUGCAAGUGGGUCAAAGGACACCGAUAUUGUUAUUUGGGACCUCGUUGCCGAAGUCGGGCUGUUCAAGCUUCGAGGCCACACGGACCAGAUAACAGGUCUUCACUUCCUCAAUGUCGAUUCUCGGCCUCUGACAAAUGGCCAUGGACUAAACAGUGAAAUCGCAAUAGACAUAAGUAGCGCAUCUCACCAAAGUUCAACGACCUUUCUGCUCUCAACGGGAAAAGAUGCAUUGCUCAAAUUGUGGGAUAUCAACGCGCAACAUUGCAUAGAGACUCACGUUGCGCAAUCACAUGGAGAAUGUUGGGCAAUGGGUGUCUCUCCUGAUGAUUCUGGAUUAAUAACGGCUGGGAACGAAGGUGAGCUCAGGACUUGGUCGAUCGAUCUGGAAGGCUUGAGCAAGAGCUCAAAUGAUGCGUCUGAGACCACAACGAAGCAGUAUCUCCGAGAACGAGGAGUAUUCUACCGCCAAGGAAAGGACCGUACGACAGGUAUUCAUUUCCAUGCCAACGGACGCUUUGUGAUUGGUCAUGGAGCAGAAAAGGCUGUAGAGGUGUGGAGAAUCAGAUCUGGGGACGAGAUUCGAAAGGUUCUUCUGCGAAAGCGAAAGAGACGGCGAGAAAAGCUUGCACUUUCUAAUGAAAAUGCUCACGUUGGGGACCAAAACGACAAGAUUGAGUCUAUUGAUGAAAUCGCUCAGGCGGAAGUUCAGGAUGUCAUUGUUCCUUAUGUCAUUGUGCGAACAGGAGGAAAAGUUCGAUCAGUUUGUUGGGCAAACCAGAAAUCGCAUAAGCAUCUGCAAUUUCUUACUGCUGAAAUUAACAAUCAGCUCGAAGUCUGGACUAUCCCGAUCACAUCUCCUGAAAAGUCCACAAAGUCGAGUGAGGCACCCAAUUAUGAUCGGACUCUAGCAAUCGACAUACCUGGACAUCGUACUGACGUUCGCGCGUUGGCUACAAGCUCUGAUGAUCGAAUGCUUGCGUCUGCAAGUAACGGUGCCCUUAAAGUGUGGAACUUGAGAACGAACAACUGCAUCCGUACGCUAGACUGCGGGUACGCGUUAUGUACGGCAUUUUUGCCUGGGGACAAAAUAGUGGUUGUUGGAAAUCGAGAUGGGGAGCUUGAAAUGUUCGACAUAGCUUCGUCCUCGCUGCUAGAUACUGUCAAAGCGCAUGAUGGACCAAUAUGGACAAUGCACGUUCAUCCUGACGGAAGGUCCCUCGCUACAGGUAGCGCUGACAAGUCGGCCAAAUUCUACAAUUUUGAAGUGGUUCAAGAGGAGAUCCCAGGGACGAGGAGAAGCACCCCUAAAUUUAAACUCAUCCAUAUAAGGACGUUGAAAGUUACCGACGAUGUCCUCAGUAUUCGUUACUCUCCAGAUGCCCGUCUCGUGGCCUUAGCAUUGCUUGACAAUACGGUCAAGAUCUUCUUUACCGAUUCUCUUAAGCUCUUUCUCAACCUCUAUGGGCAUAAGCUACCUGUUUUAAACAUGGACAUCUCGUUUGACAGUAAAUUGAUAGUGACGUGUUCGGCGGAUAAGAAUGUGAGACUCUGGGGUCUUGAUUUCGGUGAUUGCCACAAAGCCUUCUUUGCCCAUCAGGAUAGUAUUUUGCAAGUAACGUUUGUUCCACACAAUAACGAUGGCAAUGGCCAUCAUUUCUUCAGUGCUAGUAAAGACAAACGUAUCAAAUACUGGGACGGAGACAAAUUUGAGCAAAUACAAAAGUUAGAUGGACAUCAUGGCGAGAUCUGGGCAAUGGCAGUCAGCCACACGGGCGCUUUUCUUGUCAGUGCAAGUCACGACAAAAGUAUUAGGGUCUGGAACCAGACAGAUGAACAGGUCUUCUUAGAGGAAGAGCGAGAAAAGGAGCUAGAGGAGCUUUACGAAAGCACCCUAACCACUUCACUCGAGAAAGAGGAGGAGACCAGUGAAGAGAGGCCGGAAGCUGUAGCUGCCGGUAAGCAAACGAUUGACACGCUCAUGGCCGGGGAGAAAAUAGCAGAAGCUCUUGAGGUUGGGAUUGAAGACCUGAGAAUAAUGCAAGACUAUCACACGGCCAAAGGUACGCAACCUGGCCUCGCUCCGCCGCAGCGAGACCCCAUUUAUCUCGCAUACCACAACGUCUCGGCGGAGAUGCAUUUACUCAACACCGUCCAAAAGAUCCAGGCCAGCGCUCUCCAAGAUGCUCUCCUCGUCCUUUCUUUCGAUAAGAUCUCUUCUCUGCUGGUUUUCUUGCAGAUUUGGGCGGAUAGGCAAUGGAAUAUGCCUCUUACCUGCCGGAUUCUCUCCUUCAUGCUAAGAACGCAUCAUAAACAGAUCGUAGCUAGCAAGCAGAUGAGAAGUUUGUUAGACAACAUUAGAGAGAAAAUUAGGAAAGCUCUUGAAAGCCAGAAGGAUGAGAUGGGCUUCAAUCUUGCGGCUCUGCGUUUUGUUGGCAGAAGUAUAAGAGAGACUGGGAGGAAUGACUUCAUCGACGAAACAUUGUUUGAGGAGCCAGAUCUGUCGAAAAGCAAGAAGAAACGAGGCUUUGUGGAUGUUGCCUAG